GCGCCUCCUUCAUUGUCUGAGUAAAACUCAACUGGAGUGGAUCUGCCGUGCUGUGUGUAAUCCCAGCCCUCUCUCCUCUCCGCUCUGCAUGUUCAGUCGUCCGCCAUGGCGAACAUGAGACGGAAUUUCCCAGGAUCAACGACCAGCACCUUCAAGUCACUGGGGCUCAGGAGCUGCUAAUGCGACGGCGGUGGAUGUAAUCUACAACACAAGCAGCUGGGAAUAUAAUACAGAUCGAUUGGCUCCCCGCGUUGCACGGAAAGAGGGCGGGGCACCAUGGUGGAGCCUGACCCGAAGGCGUCGGCCGCGGGCCCGCGCCUCGGCGCCCCGGUGACCCUGGGGAUCAGCACCCUGGACCCGGGGCUUCGCCCCCCCGCCAUGCCGGCCGGGCGCCGCGUCACGGUGCGCGUCCGCAUGCUGGACGACUCCGAGGAGCUCUUCGACGUCUCGCUAAGAGCGCCGGGCAAGGUGCUGUUCGACCUGGUGUGCACCCACAUGAACCUGAUCGAGGGGGACUACUUCGGCCUGGAGUUCCAGGACCACCACAAGAUGACGGUGUGGCUGGAUCUCAUCAAGCCUCUCAUGAAGCAGCUCCGACGACCCAAACACACGGUGCUGCGCUUCGUGGUCAAGUUCUACCCCCCGGACCCCGCCCAGCUACUGGAGGAACUGACCCGGUACCUCUUCGCCCUCCAGCUGAAGCAGGACCUCUCCGCUGGACGCCUGACCUGCAACGAUAGUAGCUCCGCCCUCAUGGUCUCCCACGUUAUCCAAUCGGAGAUCGGGGACUUCGAGGGCAGCCAGAGCCGGUCCCACCUCCUCAACAACAACUACAUUCCAGACCAGAUGGCCCUGAUGGACCGCAUCAUGGAGUUCCACUCCAAGAACACUGGGCAGACGCCGGCGGAGUCGGACUACCAGCUGCUGGAGGUGGCGCGCCGGCUGGAGAUGUACGGCGUCCGACAGCACCCUGCCAAGGACCGGGAGGGCACCCAGCUGAGCCUGGCCGCGUCCCACACGGGGGUGUUGGUCUUUCAGGGACACACGCGGAUCAACGCCUUCAACUGGUCCAAAGUACGCAAGCUGAGCUUCAAGAGGAAACGCUUCCUCAUCAAGCUGAGAGCCGACCUGAACAGUUCGUACCAGGACACCCUGGAGUUCCUCAUGGGAAGCCGGGACUGCUGCAAGGUGUUCUGGAAGAUCUGCGUGGAGCACCACGCCUUCUUCCGUCUCUUCGAGGAGCCCAAGCCCAAACCCAAGCCCGUCCUCUUCACUCGCGGCUCCUCCUUCAGAUUCAGCGGGCGCACGCAGAAGCAGGUCAUCGACUACGUGAAGGAGUCGGAGUUUAAGAAGAUCCCGUUUGAAAGGAAACACAGCCGGGUCCAACAUGUCUGCCGGCUGUCCCCCGUGCCUUCGCCGCGGAGGCAGGAGGUGCCCUCAGAGCAGAGGGGCGCCCCCUGUGGCAGAGUGGACUCCCCGCCCCAGCGCCACUGGAAGGAAUCAGCGCUGGUGACCGCAGAAGACCCCGCCCCCUCCUCCCCCCGGACGCGGGCCAGCCCCACGGUGAGCCUGAGGAACGGCCGCGAGGACCCCCGGACCACGCCCCCCCCAGGAGGGGCCCGCCCCCAGCCGGAGGAGCCCAGCAGGCCCCACCCCCACCACCCGGAUCCUCUGAACACAGGUGGGGGGGUCGUGUCCGGCGGCCCCCACCCGGCGGCGUCCCCGGGCGCCCCCCGCCCCCACGCGCUCCUCAACGGCCAGAAGCAGUCCCUGGACCUCUGCGGCCUCAGCCCCGACGGGCGCCAGCCCUCGCCCCUCACCAGCCCGCUGCUCUACGACGCCGGCUGCGUGCGCACGGACGACGAAGACGAGGUCCGCAGGAAGAGGUUCCCCAACGACCGCGCCUACUUCAUCGCCAAGGAGCUGCUGACCACAGAGAGAACCUACCUGAAGGACCUGGAGGUGGUGAGCGUGGUGAGAGACACACACAGACACACAACGCACCACAACAACACAACAACACAACACACCACAACACAACACACAUCAACACAACACACAGAGAGGACCUACCUCAAGGACCUGGAGGUGGUGAGCUUGGGGAGAGACGCACACACACAAGCACACACACACACAUGCACACACAGACAGUCACACAAACCAGCACAGACAGACUGUGACCUGUGUGACAUGUGUUGUGUGUCAUGUGACCUGUGUUGUGUGUCAUGUGACCUGUGUUGUGUGUUUCCCCAGGAGUUCAUCCGGUUAGGUUGUCUCAGCAAGCUGUCGGGAAAAGGCCUCCAGCAGCGCAUGUUUUUCUUGUUCAAUGAUGUCAUUUUGUACACGAGUCGUGGGAUGACGGCCACCAACCAGUUCAAAGUUCACGGCCAGCUGCCACUCCAUGGCAUGACGAUCAGGGAGAGCGAGGAUGAGUGGGGCGUGCCCAACGCCUUCACUCUGAUUGGUCAGCAGCAGUCGGUGGUGGUGGCAGCCAGCUCCCUGUCAGAGAUGGAGAAGUGGAUGGAAGACAUUAAGAUGGCGAUCGACCUGGCAGCCGAGACCAGCAACGGCCCGGCCUCAGACAUCCUCAGCGUCGACAACAAAUUCCCAGAGGACUCGUCGGCGGAGGCGGAGUCUGAGGACGACUUGGCGGCGCCCCGCGGCCCCCCGGAGAAGCCGCCCCCCCACCGUGCUAACACCACGGUGCACGUGUGCUGGCAUCGCAACACCAGCGUGUCCAUGCUGGACUUUAGCCUAGCUGUGGAGAACCAGCUGUCAGGGAACCUCCUGAGGAAGUUCAAGAACAGCAACGGCUGGCAGAAGCUGUGGGUGGUCUUCACCAACUUCAGCCUCUUCUUCUACAAGACCCACCAGGACGACUACCCCCUGGCCAGCCUGCCCCUGUUGGGAUACUCCGUCACGGUGCCCAGCGAGGCGGAGAACAUCCACAAGGACUACGUCUUCAAGCUGCACUUCAAGUCCCACGUGUACUACUUCCGCUCCGAGAGCGAGUACACCUUCGAAAGGUGGAUGGAGGUGAUCCGCAGCGCCACCGUUCCUUCCAGCAGAACCCGGAUCCAGAACCGGAAGAACGAGACCAUUCCUCACUGAGCCAACCCACUACCCCCAAACCACCUCUCUCUCUGUCUUUCUGUCUCUCUCUCUCUCUGUCUUUCUGUCUCUCUCUCUCUCUGUCUUUCUGUCUCUCUCUCUCGCUCUCGCUCUGUCUCUCUCUCUCUCUCUCUCUCUCUCUCUCUCACUCUGUCUCUCUCUCUCUGUCUCUCCUUCUCUCUGUCUCUCUGUCUCUCUCUCUCUCUUUCUCUCUCUGUCUUUCUGUCUCUUUCUUUCUCUCUCUCUCUCUCUCUCUCUCUGUCUCUCCUUCUCUCUCUCUGUCUCGCUCUGUCUCUCUCUCUCUGUCUCUCCUUCUCUCUGUCUCUCUCUCUCUCUCUAGCUCUGUCUCUGUUUCUGACCCUCUCUCUGUCUCACUCUCACUCUCACUCUCACUCUCUCACUCAAACCACUCCUCAAAGCCAGGGUUUUUAUCUGGUGGUUGAAGUUCUACAUUUGAGUUCAGAUGUUUUUUUCUCCCCAGACAUUCCCUCAGUGUCCCCCGCCCGGCUUUGAGUUCCUACUCGUACCGGGACCUUUGUACAGCAGCCGUGUCCCGGGACAUACGUGGUGCUUUUCGAUGCUUUAAUGGUGACACGUCCGCUGGUUUAGACGGCAUCAGAGGCUGUGUUUCUUUGCCGUUUUUACUCAACUCUGAAACCUCUUUUUUAGGACCUCAUUUUAUACCGUUUUUCUAAAUGGUCUGAACCACUACCAAUCUUUCUGGUUUUUACUUUAUUUCUUUUCUUUUCAUCGAGUUGUUUUGACAAGACGUAUACGUGGAUACAGAUAUUUCCAAAAAAAAUAACGACAUCUAUAUAUAUAUAUAUAUAUAGAUAUAGGUCCAAAAUGGUACUACGAUCACGACACUGUCAUCAGGAUUUUGUGUACUUUUUUCAUCUCUUGAAAACAGGUGCUUUGGUGAAUCCCAGAGCUCUAGUGCCAAACACUUUCAAAUUCUAUUUUGCUACGAAAAGGUGCAUCUUGUGUGAGUUGAUGUCAGACGUGAGCCCUCGUUUCAGUGGUGCACGAUUGCAUUGUGUUCUUGUGAGAAAACAAAAUGGUGACGUCAAUCGCAAACAAAUCACCAUCACAAAAUUGAAAACUAUUUAGAUGUAUUUUUUAAAUCUACGAUGCGUAGCAAUGCAGUCAGGGUAGCUAACAUCUACACUUAUUCCAUUUCAAGUAAAUCCUUCUUUUUUUUUACCAUAUUUCCUGAUCUUUGUUGUAUGCAUACUUUUUAUUCUAUGGAUUUUUUUAUGAAGUAUUGAGAGGUAAUCUAACGUUGACUGUAUGGUGGAUAUGAGAUACUGAUUAUUUGUGUAUGAAGGAAAAUUGAAAUGGAAAGCUUUUAAUGAUGGUGUAAAAUAAAAAGAAAAGGUUUAAACUUUCAGUUCCAAACACCGUUGUGUUGAAUGGCUGGUGUGAAGAGAUUGUUUUAUGGAACUGAACUUGACAGAAAUAUGCAUAAAACAGGGUUACUGCGGCGUAGCAUUUUAGAUGGUUAACGUCAGUUCUUUGGAAUUGUUUUUCAUACAACAGAGAGCUCUUUGGAAAUGAAAGCAAUAAACACCUCAUUUGAA